AUGGAAUUAAAACAUUACGAUGGAGUGGUACCGAAGAAACCAAAGUAUGACGGGGAGUUGUGCCCAAUCUGCGGUGAUCGAGUAUCCGGAUUUCACUAUGGUAUUUUGACAUGUGAGAGUUGUAAGCAAUACAAAUGUGAUUCCGGUGCCAACUGCCACGUCGAACAAUCCUGCCGAAAGCGAUGCCCAAGUUGUCGAUAUCAGAAGUGUCUAGUGGUGGGGAUGAAGAUGGAUGCGGUACGUGAAGAUCGGCAAAGAGGUGGAAGGAAUAAAUUCAACUCCUACUACAUCAAACUUCGAAAGGAUAGAAGUGCUAUGAAGUCACAGCCAGAUUCCACGUUAGCUGGAAAUCAAGCUUCUAGAGUUGCAACUGGUCAAAGUGCACAGAUUCAAUAUUUUGAUCUGACCAAAUAUAAUGCAAAUCUUCAAAGCCUGGGCUCAUAUUCAUUGCCGUCAUCUUAUCCCUUGGUGCCAAUCACAAUUAAUACUCCAUUCCUGGCAUCAUCCUCACCAUCCACCACCAGCAUCAGCAGUGCAUCCCCAAUCCUGCCACUAUGCUCUACACCAACCGAAACCACAGUGAACCAGUUUUUCACCUCCAACACUCCCACCAUGGAAAUGUCCUUCAUUCCACGGAUUCUCUCUCAGACUGUCAAGAAUGAUGCUCACGCGUUUGCAGUUCAUGUUGCUGAUGAAAAUCUGCAUGAGAUUGUGAAAUGGGCGAAACAAGACGAGAUGUUCAGCAAGCUUGAGUUGAACGACCAAAUGAGAUUACUGCAAACGUCCUGGUUGACAAUUCACAUCAUUGAUAUCACGAAUGCAAUGGUGUUGGGCACUAUUCCUUCAAAAUACGAAAUCGGGAACGGUGGAGAAGAAGUUUCCAUCGGCUUCAUUGCACUUCUUGGUAACCAGAACCUUGUGUCUUCUUGGGAAGAUAUCGUAGUCAAACUAAAGAAUAUGGGAUUCAGCAAAAACGACUAUCAUGCUUUCCGUUGUUUGGCUCUGUUUGAUGAGGCUGCUUUUGCCGGGAAGUUACAAGUACUCCAAGCUUGGAGUGUGUCAAACACCACGCUUUUAGAAAUUUUCAGCCAAAUCAGACAACUAGCCUCCAACUCAAUUCAAUAUGUUUGGGGACUUCACACCGCGUGUCCUUCUCUUUGGGAACAUCUCAAUCCGGAUAAAUCGAUUGCUCUUGAAUUGAUCAAAUGCGUCGCCACACGUUCAUCUGGUGACAGACAAAUGGCAACUCCUCAAACAACUUAUGCACCUGUAGUGUACAUGACUUCCUAA